UCGUCGCGUUGAAACACUUGACAGUCGAAGUCCAAGUGUGUGUGUGUGCGCGCGCGCGUGCUGGUUAUUAAACCUGCGAGUUCAGCACGUUCACAGCCAGAACUGACUCUUCCUGUGGUCGGUGACUGCCUUCUAUUGGUGACAAUGUUGCGGAAAACAUUGGUGAACGGACUGCGACUGUCCCGACAACAGCGACCACUUGGACCGACGACCGCGGUGUCCGGUCCGGUCACAUAUGGAGACGUGUGCCGCUCCAGCACCGCCAUCAUGGGAGACAACAAGCAGAGAACCAUGGAAGAUCUGGGAGGACCGAGUUUCCUCACUUCUCUGUACUGGCUCUUUGUGAAGGGCUACUUCCAGACGACACAGCAGAUGCAAAUUGAGCACUGCAAGCUCUAUGGCCCCCUCUGGAAGUCCAAGUAUGGCCCUCUGGUGGUGGUGAACGUGGCCAGCGCCGAUCUCAUUGAGCAGGUUCUGAGGCAGGAAGGGAGGCACCCAGUCAGGACCGACAUGCCACACUGGCGGGCCUAUCGAGAACUCCGGAACCAAGCCCAAGGGCCCCUAACAGAAAUGGGAGCGAAGUGGCAGAGGAUCCGCAGCAUCCUAAAUCCUCGGAUGCUGAAGCCCAAACACGUCUCUUCCUACACAGACACCAUCAACAGUGUGGUGACUGAUUUCAUCGACAGAGUCAACAUGCUGAAAGCAACCAGAGGGGAUGGCGAGAUGGUCAAUGACCUCACUGGAGAACUCUACAAGUUUGCUUUUGAAGGUAUCUGUUCGGUGUUGUUUGAGACACGGUUGGGUUGCAUGAACGACGUGAUUCCAGAAGAAACAGAGAAGUUCAUCUUCUCUGUUGGUGAGAUGUUCCGGCUCUCUCCCAUCAUCAUCCUCUUCCCCAAACGCACAUGGCCAUAUUUGCCUUCUUGGAAACAGUUUGUGGAUACGUGGGAUCACCUGUUCAAAGUGGGGGAGAAGCUGGUGAAUAAGAAAAUUGAGGAGAUCCAACAGAAGGUGGACCUGGACCAGAAUGUAGAGGGUGCCUACCUCACACACCUGCUGCUAAGUGACAAGAUGACAGUCAAUGAGAUUUUGGGGAGCAUCACUGAGCUUUUGCUGGCUGGAGUGGACACGACUUCCAACACUAUCUCAUGGGCACUGUAUGAACUGGCUCAACAACCAGCGAUCCAAGAAAAGUUGUACCAUGAAGUAGUUAGUGUUUGUCCGGGAAACAAGGUGCCAACUACCGAUGACAUCAAUCAGAUGCCUUACCUGAAAGCCAUUAUCAGGGAGACGCUUCGGCUCUACCCUGUCGUUCCUGGCAACGCCCGGAUCACGGUGGAAAAUGAAAUUGUGGUGGGGGAUCAUCUCUUUCCAAAAGAUACACUCUUCCACCUCUGCCACUACGCUGUGUCGUACGACGAGAACAUUUUUCCCGAACCUCAGCGCUUCCAGCCGCAGCGCUGGCUCCGGGGGAUGGAAGAGAAGUCCAAGCAGCACCCGUUUGCCUCCGUGCCAUUCGGCUUUGGGGUCAGGGCUUGUUUAGGCCGAAGGGUGGCCGAGCUGGAGAUGUAUCUGUUACUGUCCAGGCUCAUUCAACACUUUGAGGUGAAACCAGAUCCUGCUGGAACAACUGUCAAGCCCAUAACAAGAACCCUGUUGUGCCCUGCUAAACCAAUCAACUUGAAGGUUUUGAGCAGAGGUCUCCAGUAGGAGCAGCCAGAGGCCUCUGAGGGAGCUGUCUUGGUAUUCACACCACGUUGCCAUCACAGUAACCACUGCAGAACCAGUCCCUUCUACUGCACGAGUUUUAGUUUGGUGUAGCAUGUAAUAUAACAUGUAUUUAUGUCAGAUGUAUAUUUGCCACAAUGUGAGAAUCCUAACAUGUACGUUUAGAUUCUCAGCCUGCACUCAGAUGCCUUCUGGGUUUGGCCUUUAGUUUCCUUCUCUGGGUGGAGCAGCACUGUCUGCCCUCAAGGAUGUACUUUAGGUUUCCCUCUGGUGCUCUGUGUUUACCAUGCAAUUUGAUUGUUUGUCUUGAUCUUCCACUGAAGAAGAUGAAAUCGAAAGCUUUAUUUUGAUGCUUUACAUUGGGUUAACUUCAUACUUUAUAUGUUUGUUAGUUUAGGCAGCAGCAUUUUACACUUUCAUUCUAAUCAACAAAGGUAAAAUCCCAUGUUAUAUCUUUACGAUAGACAAUAGGGUGGAUUAUAUCACAUGUUGUUCACCUUGGGAACAGGAUAGUUUCUGUCUGGGUUCUGAAAUAUUACAAUGUGGUAGAUUUACGUUUCAAAUGGUGGUGGGAAGUCUUGUUUAAUACUCAGCCUUGUUGUGUGCUGAAUGUGUCUGUUCAACAGGGUUUGUUAUUUUAUUUCAUUUUUUUUCUUUUAUCAGGAGUAGAUGUUUUCCUCGUGUGAAGUUGGAAAUGAUUUGCUAUCUAAGGAUGUUAUCACACUUUUUUGCUCCUUCUGUUUGGAUGCUUUACUUUGCUUUGCCUGCUCCCUGUCUGAUGGUGUUUCUUCCUCUAGUUCAGACACGUACAGGGAUUCAUUGAACUGAGCUAAAUAGUGAGCGUCUGUCUGUAUUGUAUAUGCCUGACAGGCCCAAGAUCUGCAGUCUGCUGCCACAAGAUAAUUCAAUGAAACCUCACGUCAUUGCUAAACCAAGAGCGCCAUCCAGUGGCUUCUGAAAAUUGGGACACUGUUUCAUCAACCCUCCAAUACAACUCUGUCAUGAUGCCUCAUCUACCCUUCACGAUCAUUCAACCGUGACUCCUGCUCCUGUGAUUUCGCUAACAUGGAUUAAGUGCUCCGAUCAUAAAUCUUGAGAGUACUGCGAAGUGAUUAUAUCGCUGACAUAGUGAUGAUCAUUUUAACCCAUAGUUAGUUGUAAGGUUUAAUUGUCGUCCAAGGUAAAGCUUUGCUCAGUUUGUCUACAUUCAAGUGUCAUGUUGUCUGAGCUAUCGUUGUCCAUUGAGUUCUUAUCAUGCUUGUGUGCAUGUCAGGUUGAUUUUACAUGUUCAUGAACCUGAUCACUGAUAAUUCCUCCAAGAAAUGUCAAUAUCUGAAGCGAUCAGGAGACGUGUUGUUUUACAAGUAAAUCCAUAUUUCUUAUCACAAGAAACAAACAUUUACUUAUUUGUGCUUCGUUUUAAAAUAAGCAGCGGGUCCACCUGUACAUAGUGGUACAUGAUUUUCUUUUUCUUUGUGUUAUAACUGUAGAUUGGACAAAUAUUUAUGCAAACUGCGUUUUUAAUUGACAGGACUGGAUGAUCAGGUGUUUAGGUCAGCUCUCUCCGUUGCUUACAUUCUUAAUGCCAUUCUGCUUUUUUUUUUUUUUUUUUCAAUUUGCUGUAAUUAAUAUUUAUUUAUUUAUGACAUGCAGUAGUUAUUUGAUUUGAGUUGGAAGUAAUAAGGGUUCAUGUCAUGUGAUUUUUAUCUGCAAUCACUUUACAUUUCAGUUUAUCUAACAAUGACACAUGAUUUGAUUUGAAUAAAACGUUUAUUGACUUUGGUGGGUCACUGUUUCGGCCCACCAAUCGGAGUGUUCCCACAACAUUCCAAGGCUGGCUUUCCUGGUCUGGGACCUUCUUUGUGGCCUGGACCCUGGUGAAAAAAAAAAAAUCUCUGAAGGAAUGUGAUCGGUUGGCAUCUAUACGAAAGAACCCAACUACUUUGACCGGCUCCUUCCAAUGUGGAGAGGUUGUUUCAAAACUAAUCCCAUCUAAUCCACAAAACCCUUGAAUGAACUCCAGCCUACGUCCAAAAGAGCUGCGAGGUUACAGAGUAGUUCGAUAGCUCACAAGCAUCUCACAUGUAUACAAUCCACAAAGCUAUGUGUUUAAGUAUGGACAUGACAUCAAUUUUCAAAAUGGAUGACAUGAAAAGAAGAGUUGAAUAAAUAGAGUACAUGACGGAUCAUUGUGCAGUGAGAAAAAGUCCUAAUUUAAAGGCCACCAACUUCCAGAGCUCCGAGCUCUUAUUGAGGGUAGUUGCUUUACUUUUGCAUCUGCCGACAUACUGCGAUGAAGACCCAUGGAUCCAGGUGUCAUUGGCAGCUACAAGAUCUUGGAUUAACAGUCCUUUCAUAUCUUUAAAGACCAAGACUUUAAAGACCAAGACUAUGUUGUCAGAUGUCCAAUAAGUCACAAAAGUGUGAUGUUUCUGUUUCAAGACCCUAUUAAAGACGGAUGCUAAACGAA